UGGAUGUACUCACUGUAGACCAAUGACGUCAACAUGAUCAAUGGAAUAAAGUACAAGCUCGCCCACCGAAGCGCAAGGCCAGCUUCCUUCUUCGACACAAUCUCUCCAUUCUAAAGAGCUCCGUUACCAUUAUUUAAGACAAGUAAUUAUCAUCUAUACCUUGGUAUAUCAUACUAGUUGCUAAUAACACCCCAGGAAGCUACAUUUCAUCUCAACCAAUUACCAUUUUACGAAGACUACUCCUACCUUCAGCAACAAAUAUUCAUCAAUCUGCUAUCGCAAACAUGCUAAUGCUUAAGCAACUCACCUCAAUUACUACCCGGCUGGGCCAGCCCAUCAAAACCGCCAACCUCAGAGCCCAACAGCCACUUAUCCAGCCAAUCAACCAAAACAGGCGAGCGUUCCACGCCUCCCCAAGACCCCAAACAACCCAUCAGCAAAAGGAAGAGGAAAGUAAACUCCACGAUCGGAACAUCCUCGACCCUCAGCGAACCGAAGGCACCCAAACGGGUACGGAUAAUGAGGUCGCUGGCCACCCAUCCGCCUAUGACCCGAACACGACGAGACCUGAGAGCGAAAUCCAGGAGUCCGAGAAAGAGAGUCAACAGCAAGGUAAAGUUAGCAACCCGCUGAAUGUUAGCCCGGGGAAUACCGAAGUGAGUGGCACACGACCAACGCGGGAGGGGCUUCCGGAUCGGAACGAAGAGAAAGAGGCGACGAGCGGAAGGGGAGCGGCGCGGAAGAAUAAAGAGGUGAACAAGCCGAAGAAUUGAACUGGGCUGUACAAUGGAGAUUCAGCCAUAAAUCUGAAUACCCCGUGUUUACAUAAAUCUUGUUUUUUGAAAGACUACACGUUUCA